AGUCGCCUCCGUUAGCUUAGCAUCCAGUCAGCUCGCUCCACGAGCAGCACUGAGAUCCAGAAACAACCUGCUUUAGACUGAAAUAUCCCAUUUUAAACCACUCCACGUUAACUAAUAGGAUGCUAUAAGUUAUCAUUUAGCUUCCCCUUCAGUAGAGUUUUCAAUAACAGUGAGUUAUAGCGAUAAAUCAGUUAGUUUAGCUAGCCUCGUUAGCUAGCCGGCCGUCUGACGUCAUUUCCUACUUUUGAAUAUCGCGGCCAGAAAGUAAAGAAACAGAAACAGAUGGAGCAACAAGUGGGAAAUGAACCGAUGAGCCUGGGCUCUCCCACCUCUCCCAAGCCGACCCCUGGAGCUCAGUUUCUCCCCGGCUUCCUGAUGGGCGACCUGCCAGCUCCAGCUAGCCCCCAGCCGCGCCCCUUCAGUCUAUCCACGCCCAUCAUGGAGAGCACAGGUACGCCUCGAGGAGGAGUUGGAGGAGGCUCGGCCCCACAGCCUGUUGUCCCCACCCCCAAAGAUAAGAGUGGGGCCCCACCAGUUCGCAGUAUCCAUGACGACCUGGUUACUGUGACGACGCCCCUCAGCACAUACAGACAGUCUUUUCCAGUUAUGCAAUCUCCUCUGUCUGCACGAGGGGCCUCAACUCCAGGUGUGCAGCAGCUGUGCCUGUCUCCAGCUCAGGUGGAUCCCUUCUACAGUCAGGGAGAGUCUCUGUCAUCUGACGACCAGCUGGACCAAACCUGGGUCACUGUGUUUGGUUUUCCUCCAGCCUCAGCCUCCUACAUCCUGCUGCAGUUCGCUCAGUACGGAAACAUCCUCAAACACACGAUGGCGUCUCCUGGUAACUGGAUGCACCUUCAGUAUCAGUCCAGACUUCAGGCCAGGAAAGCUCUGUCUAAAGAUGGGAAAGUGUUUGGUGACGCCAUCAUGGUGGGAGUCAAACCCUGCAUAGACAAGAGUGUAAUGGACAGCAGUGCAGCCGUCUCUACUCCCCUCUCCUCCUCCUUCUCCUCCUCCAUCCUCCCCUCCACUCCUCGCUCCGCCAUCAGACCGCUCAGCGCCGCUUACAGGAGCUCCGGCAGCGACUACCAGGUGGUAGCAGACCGACAGACACCCAGGAAGGACGACAGUAUGGUUUCAAAAGCGAUGGAGUACAUGUUUGGCUGGUGACAUUACACAAUGCAUCAUGGGAUACCUGCAGCCUCAAAGGAAAGAGGGGAGUCCAUGGACAGAUGGAUGAACUGAUUCACUACACUGUGUGUGAUUGUGAGAGAGUGUGUGUGUGAGUGUGUGUAUGUUGAGGUAGAGGAUCUUUCUGUCUUUCUUCUUUUAUAAUCAAUAUUUUUUAAUGUUUUUGUCUCAAUAAAGUUUUUUCUCUGGUUUGAAUUCA